AUGAAAGCACGAGUUCAGUUUCACCGACGGAAACGUUUAGAAUGGAAACUAAACACCAGUAAUCCGUCCACGGCUGAUCGAAAGUGCCAAGACACGUCCAAUAGCUGGACAGUUUACGAUGACUUGUUGGAAGAGCUGGAAGAAAGUUUUGAAGCACCUGGUCGUCACUAUGAUCCCUCUGUUUUGGUUGAACCUAGUUUAUCAUACAACGGUACAUGUCACACUUCGAAUGGCGGAAUGAGUGUCACUAUUGAAAAAUAUCUGAAUCAGCGAUUUUUAAAUUUUUUAGAAGAACCUCAAACCGGUGUAUGUUAUCGUUAUUUGCCAGCAAGCCCGACAAAACUAUGUGCCGAAAUAUCCACUAUGACCGAUCCCGAGGACAAAGACGAUGAUGAUUCUGCUCGCCGGCGAAAAGCAAAUUGUCUGCCCCUAUGCAGAUGCAUGCCAAAAAAAGUAGGAUAG